AUGCCAAGAAUAGUGCUCGUGGUUGGCAUCUACUCGUGUCUCAUUAUAGCAGCGGAUGUCGUCAAUACCGUUGGAAAGCGAUCCAUACAGAAACGAGGAGCUAGCAGGAGUUUAUCUGGGCCCGCUGGCGCAUGGUGGAAAGAAUGGUACCAGCAAUACAUUCAGGGCGUUACUCUACCUUCAGUAGUACCGAAAUCUCCUGCCCCAAGACCAUUAUUUCAACAACCCAUUCCACCUCCUUCAAGACCAUCAUUUCAGCGUCCCACCACAUCUCCUCCAAGAGUACCCGUUCUUACCCCACCUUUAUCAAUUCAACGUCCCAUCCACCCUACUCUAAGACCAAAUAUGCAACGUCCGAUCCCACCUCUUUCAAGACCACCGAUUCAGAGCCCCACCCUACCACCUCCACGACAACCAUUUCAGCGUCCCACACCAUCUCCUUCAAAACCACCAGUUCAACAUCCAUCCCCACCUCCAACGCUACCAACUCAGCGUCCUGUUCUAUCUCCUUCAAGACCACCAUCUCAAAGUCCCGUUUUGCCUACUCAAAAACAGUCAGAAGAAAGACCAUUACCUUUCCCUCCUUCACCAAGUCCAGUUAAAAAUGUUAAAUCAUAUUCACUUGGGCCCCCUCAGUUUAUAAAACGGCCUGACCGACCCUUACCAGACGGUGAGAUGCCGCCAUGUGCUGUAUCUGGAGAAAAUUUUUGUAUUAUUACUGAUGAUUACCCCGAAGACUUGGUAAAGGAUAUAAUAGAUAACGAUUUGGAAAAAGUUCGAACUCUUUAUGAGGAACUUCAAACAGUCGGUGAUCCAGAACUUUUCACAAACCACUUGUAUGACAGUGCUGCCGCCAGGGGCACAUACGCUUGUGAGACAGAAACUGGUUUUAUGAGACCUGGAUGGGCACAUAAUGAAGUGUCUGAGGAGUGGAUGGUCAUAAUAAAUACUGAUAUUUUCCCUCAAAAAAUUCGUAUAGAAACAUGCAAGAAACCUAACCAAGCUUGCUCCUAUAUUUCACCGUUUUAUGAGUCAACAUGUCAGCAACGGUUCAGCUUACACCGUUUGAUAGCUGUGCGACCCUGGGAGCCCAACCGAAGUCCAGUAGUGGCGCUGUUUAAAUUCCCAGCGGGCUGUGCGUGUCGUGUUGCUCGAAUAUAA